GCCCAAGUUGGAAAGUACGCAUGUCUGAGUUGGUCGACGACAUAAUGCGAUUCUGAAGGUAUGACUUAAUCAAUUAUAUGAUUAGGGCAGAGAGAAGACGAAAGUUUGUGCGUUUCUCAGGUUUCUAUUCGCGUCGCUGUCUCCGCGUACUACAUACUCUACGGGGUAAAGGAGUCCCAGUUCUGUUACGAAGAGGAGUGAAGCACAUCACGAACAUAAAAAUGACUACGGAGAAGCCGUGCAUAUUAACCCCUGCAUCUGCGGUACCAAGUGGAAUAUACCGUCUUUUAGGCCCUAUCAUUGAGAAGUACUUCACCGUUAUUUCUACUGAGGAAUUCUUAAGCAACAGACAGCGCUUCGUUGACCAAAUUCGAGCCGUGUUCGUAUGGGCAGGUAUCCCCGAGAUAGACUGCGGUUUGCUGCAGCUUUUGCCGAACCUGAAGGUGGUCGUCAAUGGCGGUGUGGGAGUGGACCACCUGGAUAUACCCAUGAUCAACAACUUCGGCGUGAAAGUGUGCAACACGCCGCACGUUGUGGACAACGCCACUGCAGAUAUUGGAAUGGCUCUGAUGUUGGCAUCAGCGCGGAAACUCAUCUAUGGUCACAAUUUUUCCCUUUUUCAUGAAGAUGAGGAUUUGCCUGAGAGUUGUUUGGGCACUGAUGUCAGUGGUGCCACGCUGGGCAUCAUUGGGAUGGGCCGGAUAGGGUACAAGAUUGCCAAACGGGCCCAGGCAUUUGAAAUGAAGAUCCUAUACCAUAAUAGAAACCGUAGGCAGGAGGAAGAUGAAAGGGCAGUAGGUGCACGGUAUUGUGAAAAGUUGGAAGAGCUGCUGCAACAGUCAGACUUUGUCAUGGUGGUGGUAAACCUGUCACCUCAAACGCACAAGCUGAUUGGUGCCAAGGAGCUGGCGAUGAUGAAGCCUACAGGCACGCUCAUCAACAUCAGCAGAGGUCUGGUGGUAGACCAAGAUGCUCUCGUUGACUCCCUUCAGAGGGGGGUGAUCCGAGCUGCAGCCCUGGAUGUGACCUACCCUGAACCCUUGCCAAGGGGACACUCCCUGCUUUCCCUUCCAAAUGUCAUUGUUCUGCCCCACAUGGGCACUCACACUGUGGAGACCAUUCAGCUGAUGGUGGACAGGAUGAUGACCAACGCCUUGGCAGCUCUCAGUGGAGCACAGCCUCCCGAUGAGGUGAAGGUGUAGGACACAGCAGCACUAAUAUGGUCCUCUGAGGCCACCAUCCAGGUGGUUUUAACAUUGACUGCAUUUUUAGCAUUUGUUUUUGUAGAAUCUAGAUGGGGUUUUUUUCUUUGUAAUUUGCAUUAUUUGCAGACCUGCCAACCUGCACGCAUUUUGUGUACCAACCACGCAAUUCUUGGUCAAAAUACGCA